AUGACUUCAAAACAACAAGUUGCUUUGGUGGUAGGAGCGUCGCGUGGUAUUGGCAGACAGGUCGCGAUUGAUCUUGCUAAGGAAGGCUACGCUGUUGUCGUCGCUGCGAAAUCAACAAGCGAUGCAAACGCGACGAAGCCAUUCCCUCCGGAUCCAAACUCUCAACAAUCAACCAUCAGCACGGUCGAACGCGAGAUCAGAGAGGCAGGUGGCACUGCGACCGCCAUAGCUGUUGAUACAAGGAAUUUCGAAAGCGUGCAGAAGCUGGUAGACGAGACCGUCAAGAUCUACGGCCAUCUCGAUGUCCUCAUUUACAACUCCGGGGCAAUCUGGUGGGCUUCUAUCGAAAAGACCCCUAUGAAACGCUUUCAGCUUAUGCAGCGCAUCAAUGUUGAAGGCCUUUACGGCACGGUACAAGCAGCCUUACCUCAUUUCGAGAAGAACGGUUGGAAGGGAAGGAUCAUUGUGGUUAGCCCACCCAUAUAUUCUCGGUUCUUCAGAGGCAAGACUGCCUAUGCUAUGGGCAAGGUUGGAAUGAGUAUCUUGACCAAGGGAUUGGCUAUGGACUGGGAGCGAGAGGGUAAGAAGGAUAUGGCUAUAACGAGUAUCUGGCCUGCGGCAUCAAUUCAAUCAGCAGCAACCGGUCAAAUAACCAAGACAGAUCCAGACUCUAUCAAAGAUCUUCGAAAAGCAACAAUUUACUCGGACGCUAUCCUUGCGAUGCUCCGUGCUCCAGUGGAAGACGUCAAUGGUCUUCUAGAAUUGGAUGAGGAUUUCCUGCGUAAUCACGAGGGUGUGACGGAUUUCUCGAAGUACUCGGUGGUUGAGGGCGCUGUCCCAAGGAGAAUCAUGCCAGCUAAGUUUCCUGAUUUGACGGUCGCUGAGCAGGCGGACGAGGGAAGAAGAACUGAUAGUACUAAGAUGCGAACUUCCAAGCUUUAA